AUGGCGGACGUAUGGAUCUCACGAAAGAGGUGGACUUGCAAGUACUGCGAUGUCACCAUCAACGACGACCUGCCAUCGAGGAGGCAUCACGAGACGGGAGGGAGGCAUAAGCAGAAUGUUCGCAAGGCGCUUGAGGAUCUAUAUCGCAAAGGCGAGCAGGAGCGCAAGGAUGCCGAGCACACCAAGAAAGAGAUGGCACGCAUAGAAGCACUUGCAGCCGAAAGUUAUGCUCGAGAUCAGGCCACUACAGGUGAAGGGGCUGCUUCAUCUUCACGGUCUACGGCGUCGACGUCAGCCUCGCUCCCAGCGACCACGGUACAUCCCAAAGCCCAGCCGGUUCUCGCCCAUCCCGCACGUCACAACACGAGACCAUCAUCCGCGACAGGAACGACAGACGUAUCGCGGCAUGUAGCUCAGCCGGGUGAAUGGGAGCACGUGCUACCCGUCGCUUCUGCUUCGACGUCAUACGCCAACGAGGUCACCGAUCGUGACAGGGCAAGAUCGUUCCGCAUCAAGGAGAAGGUGGUUCGCCUGGAUGAUAGCGAUGAUGAUCAAGACCUCGCCAGCAUCAAGGUCAAGAAAAGGCCACGUGCUGCUCAGGGAGAUUCUUCAGGCUUGCAAAGAGGAGUCAAGAAGGAGGAGCAAGAUCAGCUCGCUGACCAGGUCACGAAGGAUGCCGCCGUAGCCGUCAAUGCAUCGAGUGAACUCAGUACAACAGCAACGGCGGCCACGACAGUGAAAGGGGAAGAAAGUGACGAUGUGAAGACGGGUAUCGCACCGAUCAUUGAUCCGAAUGAUGAAAGCGCUGGAGGAGGUGGCAACAUGUUCAAAAAGCGAAGAGCCGGCGCCGGAGCAGGAGCGAAAAGGGUCCGAGCCGUCAUAUAG